AACUAUGUGCCCAGGAAAUGCGUUACCUGUCCCCUAUCGUUGUGGCCAUCCGGAUAUCCCGACAAGGUCACUUUGUUGCGGGGCAAUCACGAAAGUAGACAAAUCACCCAAUUAAGUCUACGGGUUUUAUGGCACUCUUCACUCCGAUGCUAAAUUCUCUUCCCAGACGAAUGCUAACAAAAGAACGGAAUUGCUGCAGUUUGCAAAGCGUGUUCGAUCAUCCGAACCUCGCUGCGGAAUGCCACCACGCACCAUCAAUACAGGAACUUAUCGACCAUCUCUCAAUUCAUCGACGGAGAACAUUGUGCGUACACUACGGACUCUCUCUAGACAUACGCGCCCUCGACCGAAUUCGCAUCCUCUCAAGCGUUCAGGAAAUCCCCCACGAAGGCAUAUUCUGCGACCUUACGUAGUCAUACCCCGACGACAUCAAUAAUCGGGCUGUGAGUCCUCGCGGUGCAGGCUGGGAGAUAUGUAACUCGAGAGCUAAGGCGGUAAUAUGACAUGUCCACCACGCCUGGACCCAGUGCCCCAAG